CGUGACGUUUUUUAAAGGGACAGCAAACCGCCGCCUCGCUCUCGCCGCACGUUCCAGAAGCUCCGGUAUUUAGUUCUGGCCGUUGGCAAUCCAACGGCGAGAGCAUUUCCCCGGACGAAACCGCUACGGACACCCGUCGUCGAUAAGUAUGGCCAGUGCAGAGGGAACGAAACUUUGGGGUGGUCGUUUCGUGGGAGACACUGAUCCCAUCAUGGAGAAGUUCAAUGCAUCCAUCGCUUAUGACCAGAGGAUGUGGGAUGCCGACAUCCGAGGGAGCAAGGCUUAUGUGAAAGCUCUGGAGGGGGCAAAGCUGGUCACCACGGAUGAGAUGAACCAAAUUUUACAUGGAAUGGAUCAGAUUUCUGAAGAGUGGUCUAAAGGUGUUUUCAUUAUCAAACCUGGAGAUGAGGACAUUCAUACUGCCAAUGAGCGCAGGCUGAAGGAGCUGAUUGGUACACCUGCAGGGAAGCUGCACACCGGCAGAAGCAGAAAUGACCAGGUGGUGACUGACAUGAGGCUGUGGCUGCGAGAUGCCAUCUCAACCCUCACGGAAAAUGCCCUACAGCUGAUAUCUACCAUGGUGGAGCGGGCAGCAGCAGAAAUUGAAGUCCUAUUUCCUGGUUACACCCACAUGCAAAGAGCUCAGCCAAUAAGAUGGAGCCACUGGAUUCUAAGUCAUGCUGUUGCUCUGAGCAGAGAUGUGGAGCGGCUUGAGGAGAUCAAGAAAAGAGUUAAUGUUUUACCUCUUGGCAGUGGUGCCAUUGCUGGAACACCUCUUGGCAUCGACAGGGAGCUACUGCAGAAAGAGUUGGCGUUUGAUGGCAUCAGUCUAAACAGUAUGGAUGCCACGGGCCAAAGAGACUUUGUUGUGGAGUUCUUGUUCUGGGCUUCGUUGUGUUUGACCCACCUCAGUAAGUUGGCUGAGGACCUGAUGCUGUACAGCACAAAAGAGUUCUCCUUCAUCACACUGUCUGACGCCUACAGCACAGGCAGCAGUCUGAUGCCCCAGAAGAAGAACGCUGACAGUCUGGAGCUGAUCAGGAGCAAAGCAGGUCGUGUCUUUGGCAGAUGUGCAGGGUUUAUGAUGACACUGAAGGCCCUGCCCAGCACCUACAACAAAGACCUGCAGGAGGAUAAAGAAGCCAUGUUUGACUGCUACGAUACUGUUCAUGCUGUGCUGCAGGUGACAACUGGAGUCAUGUCAACUCUCCAGAUCAACCAGAGUGUGAUGGAAGCGGCCCUCAGUCCUAACAUGUUGGCGACUGAUCUGGCCUACUACCUUGUGAGGAAGGGGAUGCCAUUCAGAGAGGCACAUGGUGUCUCUGGUAAGGCCGUGUUUACAGCUGAAUCCAAAAAUAUCGACCUGAAUCAACUCACUGCGGAAGACCUGAGUGCUAUUAGCCCUCUGUUUGGAAGUGACAUAUCCUCAGUUUGGGACUACAGGAGCAGUGUGGAGCAGUACAGCGCCCCUGGAGGCACAGCCAAGAGUAGCGUCGCUGCACAGGUGGAACACCUGAGGAACUGGCUUAAGAAACACGCACAGUGACCUCAAUCCAAUUUCACCUUAAGGAAUUUGAAUUAGGUUUACUGGCACAAUUUUAGAUAAGUCUGAAAUGUCAGACUUAGGUCAAAAUGACUUAUUUAUGACUUGGAAACCAUGCUGCCUUUCAAACAUUCUCCUCUCUUCUAUGUAAUUACAAAUAUAAAAUAUUAGAUGGAUGAUUUGUAUUUUUCAGUUGAUCGUGCACAGAUGAUAAAUGUUACAAAAUACCUGACCAGUUUAAAACAGGUGACAAAAAUAAAUAAAUGUUAUUCAAACAGUUUCUACCACCUGAUCCAUCAUGGCUUUAUUGGAUCUCUGUCAGGUGUUUUCCUGUCUAGACCCACACAGACACAUGAUGGUGCUGUUGAAUGGUACAGAAAAAGAUAGAGGUGAUUAUUUGUCAAAGCUAAAACAUGGUUUAACGUGUGUGUCUGCCCAAAGUUACAGCGGCAACAGUGAAAAAUGUGCAGUUUUCUAGUUGCGUAAUUAAUUUAAUGAUAACAUACUGUAUCGUAGUCUAGGAAAUUUAUACAGAAACUUUCAGUAAAGAUGCUCAACAAACAGAAACAAUCAGUGAUCAGUUUCUAAUUCUGCUGACACAAAAUCAGUGAUUGAUAUUAUCCCUGAAAAGCCCAGUCAGUUCAUUCCUAAGUCUAAGUCAGUGCAUUAAGCACUUAAAGACAGACAUAUCAUAAGCAGGAAUAGAGAAGAAGUUGUUACUGUAGCAGAGCAUCACAGGUAUUUAUGUACACUUAGAACUU